UCUCUCACCAAUAAACAAAUAUGGCUGCCAAGGAACAAGGAGCGGCAGUAGAUUGUCUUGAAAAACGAAUUUCUGACUUGGAAAGACGGAUCUUUACCAGUGAAAAAGACGUCCUAAGUCUUAAAGGGUCAUCGUGUUUGGGAACUUUGAACAAUGUUCAGAAAAAUCUCGAUAGAAUUGGAUCAAAACAUGCUAAAAUAGCAGCAGUGUGGAAGAAAGUUAAGGAGCUGGAGAAAUUUCUCUCUCCUGAGUUUUUGGAAGAGGCAACACUAACAGAUGAUGCUAAAGCUGACAUAAUCAUAGCAGGUGAGGGCCAGCUAAAGGUAUGUGCUGAUCAGCUUCGGCAAGUUGAAGAUUUGAAAAAGGUUGUGACCACAGAACCCAUUAAAGAUUUGCCUACUUGGUCUGCCAAACUGCAACCACUGGUAGAACUUCAUAUUCAGCAAAAGGAAGAAUUUGAUGUGACUGAUGAAAGAUUACAUAAUCUUCUAGCUGCUUACAAUAAAAUUAUAAAUCUCCUUUCAAAACAGUUUGUUCAGUGGGACAGUGCACUGACUCAAAUUGAACAAGCCAUGGAAGUGAAACCAGCUGACUAGCCUCACAACUUAUAUUCAAACAGAAUAAUGAAGAAAAUAUUUAAGGGAUUUUGGAAGUUAUUGUCUUAAUAAACUUAACAUAUAUUGUAAAACUAGGAAAGGUGAUUCUCUAUUGAUUUGAUGGUAUAGAACAAAGGCUGAAAUGUUGCCAAGACAUGGCUUUUUAAUUUGGUCUUUGUGUGUUUGGUAUCUUUUAUAAAUAAAAAUUUGGAAUCAAUACAGUUCA